AUGGAUGGGACUCACUUGUACGAAAAGUAUAAGGGUUGUCUGUUAGUGGCAGUUUUACAGAAUGGCAACCACAAUAUCAUCCCAAUUGCAUUUGCUAUUGUGGAGGGAGAGACUUCUGAUGCGUGGCACUUUUUCCUCAGUAACUUGCGGCAACAUGUUGUCACUCGGGAUGGUGUGGGGCUGAUAUCCGACCGAUACGAAUCCAUCAAUGCAACUGUGGCACGCAGUAACGGACUUUGGUCACCUCCCAAAGCUUUCCACAUGUUUUGCAUAAGGCAUAUAGAGUCGAAUUUUUUGAGAAAGUUCAAGGCACCGUACCUACAAAAACUGGUUGUCAAUAUAGGUUAUUCGCAGACAUAUGCGUUGGCAUUUGAUGAUGGCUACCGAUGGGGCCACAUGACGACGAACCUAGUGGAGCGCAUCAACUCAGUGUUGAAGGGUGCAUGCAAUCUUCCCAUCACUGCUCUUGUCAAGGCAACAUUCUACAGGCUUAACGAAUUGUUCACCCGAAAAAGAGCCGAGACAGAAGCACAGAUUAAUGCUGGGCAUGUUUUUUCUAAGCUCGUGACCUCAAAGUUGCAUGCAAACCAGCUAGCAUCAAGAAACAUCCAGGUCAGUUGUUUCGACCGGCAGAAUGAGGUCUUUGAGAUGCGUGAGAUGCCAAGUGGACUGGAAUAUGCCGUCGACCUCCGUCGACAAAGAUGUGGCUGUGAAGAGUUCUAG